AUGUCGAAACUCGUUUGUUUGGCUCUGCUAGUCAGCGCUGCGAGCGCCCUCCCCUCGAAUGCGACGUUCGGAGCGGCGCCGGCGGCGUUCGGAGUGGAUUCGACGUAUCCGCUGACGGAUUCGAUCGCCAGUUGCUUGAAAAGAAGUGGAUAUUUCGCCGGCUUCUUCCGCGUGGGCAACAAGGCCACGGUGGACUCGACUGGCGUCGACAACGCCUACAAGGCUAACCGCGGUGAGUUGAGGGGAGAUUUAGAGAGCCUAAAAGGGAAGGCUUUCGCGACGCUGAGACUUUGCACACGCUUUGGGCAGGGGCCGCUUAUAAAUUGCUAAAAAUUUUAGCUCACGCUUAGAAGACUUCAACAAACUUUGCUGCCAAGAGAGUACGCGAAAUGCCAAGGGCGGUCAGAACGAAAAACACUUUCCGUAUUUUUGCCAGUUUCGUGCGAAAAAAAGACUCUCGCAUAUAUCUUUUCCAAGUUUCAUCAAAAUCUGAGCGUGGAACUUGGGUUACUUCCCCUGUUAGCAAACUUAAAUUAUUUUAAUUUUCAUUUUACUCAUCUAGACUUCUCAAUGAUUCAUUUCUAGCUUAUUUUCUUUCUCUUGCUUAUUUUUAUUUUUUAGCCGGCCUCAAAUUCGAGCUUUUCAUUACACCCAACCCUCAAGGCUACGCCGACCGUCAGCUCUACGACGCCUACGACUACGCCAAGAAGAACAACAUCAACUUGGCAAGAAUCUGGCUGCAAAUCACCUCUCCAAUCAGCUGGGACAGAUCCCAAAGCAACAAUGUCCGAUUCAUCAACGACUUCGUCAGAGCUGGAAGAGUAAGUUUGCGGGUCGUUAUCACUAAACAUUUAGGAUUUUGAAAGCAGUAAAAGUCAGGGUUAGAGGGGCAGUCUAAAAAAGGGCUAUUGCGCUGUGUAUUUUUUAACAAGGCAUGUCACCGAAAUUACAUACUUUUUAAAGUAUGUAAUUAAAAUUUAUACUCCCUAACAUAAAUCUUUGACCACCCAUAUCUCAAGGUAAUAUAACGCAAUCACUUUGAAACUUGGCAUGCAUACUAGACAGGAGUUUCGGCCCCAGAGCCAUACUACCAAAACUUUACCAACGAAAUAUCAGUCUGUCGGGAAAAUAAUGACCAAAUUUUCGCUGUGCCGGUCGCGUGGCGCAGCAUUCCGAACUUUUUUCGGGUAUUCAAAAAAAUGAAAAAAUAAGGAGUGCCCAUUACAUUUUUUUGUGUGUUUGGGUAGCCAGAAGGGAUACCGGCAAAAACAAAAAGCGUUUUUAUAGAGCAAUCAAUUUCCUUUCAGAAUUUGUAAGUUUUGUCUUCAGGUUGCUCGCUAGCGUUGAGAAAAUCAUCACUAAAUAAAUGGAAAUUUCGAUUUUGAAUGCCAAAAAAAUGUAUUUGAUUUUGCCACCACGAUGCGAAAUUUUGCUCAUUACUUUCCCAACAGACUGAUUGCCAAAAGCAACAGCUCUCUUACACAUCCCUUUUUUUCAGAACCGCAACGUGAAAGUGAGCUUCUACACCAACUGGUACGACUACGAAGAGAUCACCGGCAACUCGCGCGCCAUCGCCAACGCCGAGAUCUGGUAUUGGCAUGUGCUGGGCGCCGGCUCCAACGGCGAGACCGCCCGCGACUACAACGACUACCGCACGUUCGGCCCCUUCACCGGCUGGCCAAUCGCCAAACAAUACGGUGUCGCCGAGACCCCAUGCAACUACAGAGCCAACCAAAACGUGUUCGCGGGGAGCGGAGUGACCGUCGCCGGGGCCGAAGACAUCAUCCCGAUUGGAAUGGGCGCUUCUAUUGUUCAGAUCCAGGACAACAAGACCAAACAGUAA